UUUGUAGUAGUAGAUUUGCGUAAUUUUGUGCUGUUUCUUUCCAUUUUGCUCACGCUUAACAGGGAGCAGUUUAGUUUGUAGUUUCUGUGAAAUGACGCGGAUGGAUUCUCCUUGAUGUUUUUCUCGCUUUAUCUGGAGCUAUUGUGUCUUCCCCUCACCAAAGAAUCUGUUUCAGAGAGAAGGAGCAAAUGUCAAAAUACUUCAGGAGUGGUCUUGAGCCAGAAUUCCUUUGUGGCUCCAUGAUGUAAAGGUAUCUGGAGGCAUUGACUUACUUUUCUAUUCAUUUCACUUUUGUUUUAGAAGACAUUCUUGAUUCCCAUGGGAACCUAGAGAAGGACUUUCCCUAUAUUCCCCACCUCUUUGGGCUUCAGCAAAAGAAAAUGGACCUCAAGGGAAUCUUCAAGAGUUGCUUCAAAAUUUACUGUUCAUCGAAGCAUUUGCUGAAGACUGGCUUCGUGUCAGAGGCUGUGCUGAAUGUUAUGGAGAAGGAGGUGAAGGAGAUUCGGUGCUUACCAUGAAGGAGAGAGGUGGCUGCAUGAAUGUGUCAUUUUAUUACAGUGCAAUAAGUGAGGUGGUGAGCUUUGCGCAGACUUUAUGGAAUUAAAGAAAGAGGUCAGGAAAGCUUUUAGGAACUGUAGAGACAGUGCCUAAAUUGUGUUUGAAGUUUGUCCCGAAUCAGCAGAUGAGAGAGGAGAGAGAAGAGUGGAAAGAAAUCUAGGUCAAUUAUCUUCCUAUUUCAAUUCAAAAGCGUAAAGGAGACUUAAAACACAAAAGAAAAAAAAUGAGAGGAAUUAAACUUCAGAAAAGUAAAACACACAGUCAUCCACUGCUUAUGUCCAUGUGAGAAGAAUGGAUAUGGGUCCAGCUAAAGAAAACUGUGAACUAUGGAAGAAAAAAAUCCUACACAUUUGUCAUCCUGGGUUUUCCCAAGUAAAAGGGGUCAAAUAGCCACCUUUGGGAUGCAUCCAAUAGUCCCAUGUAAGAUAUUUUCUUAGGGUGCGGGGUGAGGAUGAUGACGGAAGACAUGUGCCAAUCUGAAAGGGAGUAAGCUUGACCACAUGGCCGAGUGGCAUCUCUGAAACCAACAGGGAUAAUGAUAAUGCUAUAGUCCACCUGGUUGGUCCAGAAAUGGUGCUUUCAUCAAAAGAACACACUCUAGCAAUCUACAACCAUUUCAAAAUAACCCAAAUCUUUUGUAAGUGUGUCUCAGCAACAGGAAGGUGAAACAUAAUUUCCAGGAAUAUUCAAAUUCCCUCUUUUCCUGCUUUUUUCCCACCUGCCUCUCCAUCUUCAGGUGCUGCCUUCAGUUUCUCUGCCCUUUAAUUCUCUCCUCAAAUCCUCAUGUCCUUUUUAUUACCCCAUCGUUUCCUCUUGACCUUGAAUCCUGCUCUCUCAAGAAUUAUACGUCAGCACCUUUUCCAGUUGAUCGAGUCGGUUAUGUGUUUGUGUUUUAAGCUAAGUGUUAUUACAAAAGUGCCAACAUUAAAAAUAAUUGAAGUUUAUAAAGUAAAAAAGUUACGGUAAGCUGAGGUCAAUAAUUUAUUCUUGAAAAAAUAAAAUAUAUUUUUAUUAAAAAAAAAGAAAAAGAAUUAUACGGAGGACCUCCCCAUUUGGAUGGCGUAGGAGAUUCAACAGCUAAUUAUUUUAAUUUAGUCACAUUCUCAUUAAUAGAAUCACUGGGACCCAAUUCUGCUACAGGCAUAGAAUCCUAUAGUGUGAGAAGCAGAUGGAAAUCGGAUAUCUUAGUACAGUGUUCUCACUUUACAAAUUAGAGGUCUAUGGUCUACAGAAAGGAGCCCAGGAGCAGCUUCUCAGUGCCAGGACCAUCUGAUAAGUAAGGCAGUAUGUUCUUGUUUUAACAGCUACAAUCCCUUAAAUGAGGCUCAGAACUUAAUUUCCUGCUGUGUAAUUCCCGUCUCAGAAGAUUCUAGUGUGUCACAGUGGGAUCACAAUGCUACCUUAAAGAUUUUCCUCGUGAAACUGGAAUAGAAUUUUCGUCUUCUAUUUUUAUGUUUGAAACAUGUUAACAUUUUUAAAAAUUGCCUUUCUUGUUGGUGUUUUUAUUGAUUCUCUCCACCAACUACCCAAAAUAAUUAAAUGCAUAAUAAGGAGCAAAAUGUAUGGAAUCAUCCAAAUGCUUGCUCUUGAUUAUGAUCUACCAAAUUAAAGACUUGUUUUUGCAUAACUAAAUCUGCAGGGGGAGAGUUUGCAACAAAUGCUCUUAAUAACGAGGUGCCUGCCACUGAGCCUGGUGGUUUGCAUGCAUCGUCUCACUUAAGCCUUGCAACUUUCCUGUGAAUGAGGUAACUGUUUCCACUUCACAGGAAAGUGGAGAUAGGGAGAGGUUAGGCUCCAGGUCACACGGUAAAUGGGGGAGCCAGUGUCCAAGCCCAGGUAUGGCAGAAUUAAAGUCUGAGCUCUUAAUCUCUGCAUUACACUUAUGAAAUACAUUGAUUCAAAAGUGCAUUUUACAUCCUCAUUUCCACAGACUAGGUGUCAUAGAUGAAGAUAAUGUGAAAGAACUGUUUUCACUGUUGUGUUCAGCGCCGAAAAGGAUUUAAUUUUGGCGAACUGUUGCAAGGCUGCAAGGAAAGUUUUUUGGAAAGCAUGUCUGGGGUAGAUCAACCUAAAGUACCACCUGUUAUCAAUUCUUGCCCUGCAAUUCUGUCUGCUCAUCUCCCUUUCUUCCGGGGUGUGUAUGCUCAGAAUCUUUUUGGGUUCUUGGAAGAACAGUUAAACGAUUCCUUUCUUAUCAGGUUACAUGCUUCACUGGUUACACACACACACACACACACACACACACACACGCACACACAAGUCACCUCCUUUGCUUCACAAUUCAUUUCUACUGUCUUCCAGGUUUAACUACUAGCAUAAAACUGUCUUUACCUUCCUUAUUAUUUAAAUGAUUGUUACAACUCUGAUUGCCCAUUAACUUUAAAUUACUGUUAUAAAUAAGACUAGAAUCACUCUUAAUUAACUGGGAUGUAGUCAGGAACACAAGUAUAAUGUAAUUUCUUUUGCUCUCUCAUAGGUCCAUAGAGAGACCCAAAUGGUAAUAGCAACCAACCAUUUAAGGUACUUUAUGACCCAGGCUGCCUUCUGGAUCAGAAAGAUACUCAAAGCUGUAAAGCUCACACAAAGCCAGGCUUUGUUAUCACCUGAGUGUGCAGAAGGACACUAAUCCUGAGACCCUGUGGGCACCGAAAUCCGACUCACUCAUGCUUAUUUCCUGUAAUGGACAAAUUUGAUGCUAAUGUGAGUUCCAAGGAGGGUUUCGGGUCAGUGGAGAAGGUUGUGCUGCUCACAUUUCUCUCGGCGGUUAUUCUGAUGGCCAUCUUGGGGAACCUGCUGGUGAUGGUGGCUGUGUGCUGGGACAGGCAGCUCAGGAAAAUAAAAACAAAUUAUUUCAUUGUAUCUCUUGCUUUUGCGGAUCUGCUGGUUUCGGUGCUGGUGAUGCCCUUUGGUGCCAUUGAGCUGGUUCAAGACAUCUGGAUUUAUGGGGAGAUGUUUUGUCUUGUUCGAACAUCUCUGGACGUCCUGCUCACAACAGCAUCGAUUUUUCACCUGUGCUGCAUUUCCCUGGAUAGGUAUUACGCCAUCUGUUGCCAGCCUUUGGUCUAUAGGAACAAGAUGACCCCUCUGCGCAUUGCAUUAAUGCUGGGAGGCUGCUGGGUCAUCCCCACGUUUAUUUCUUUUCUCCCUAUAAUGCAAGGCUGGAAUAACAUUGGCAUAAUUGAUUUGAUAGAAAAGAGGAAGUUCAACCAGAACUCUAACUCUACAUACUGUGUCUUCAUGGUCAAUAAGCCCUACGCCAUCACCUGCUCUGUGGUGGCCUUCUACAUCCCAUUUCUCCUCAUGGUGCUGGCCUAUUACCGCAUCUAUGUCACAGCUAAGGAGCAUGCCCACCAGAUCCAGAUGUUACAACGGGCAGGAGCCUCCUCUGAGAGCAGGCCUCAGUCGGCAGACCAGCAUAGCACUCACCGCAUGAGGACAGAGACCAAAGCAGCCAAGACCCUGUGCAUCAUCAUGGGCUGCUUCUGCCUCUGCUGGGCACCAUUCUUUGUCACCAAUAUUGUGGAUCCUUUCAUAGACUACAGUGUCCCUGGGCAGGUGUGGACCGCUUUCCUCUGGCUCGGCUAUAUCAAUUCCGGGUUGAACCCUUUUCUCUACGCCUUCUUGAAUAAGUCUUUUAGACGUGCCUUCCUCAUCAUCCUCUGCUGUGAUGAUGAGCGCUACCGAAGACCUUCCAUUUUGGGCCAGACUGUCCCUUGUUCAACCACAACCAUUAACGGAUCCACACAUGUACUAAGGAAAGACUUUCUGUUUGGCAGAGACAUUUUAGCAAGGCAUUGGACAAAGCCUCAUGUCAGAGUGGGUCCAUUCUCAGGCACAUUGAGCAUUAGAUGUUUGACUGCCAGGAAGCCUGUCUUGGGGGAUGCAGUGGAGUGUGGUGGCCAAUGGGAGAGUCAGUGUCACCCGCCAGCAACUUCUCCUUUGGUGGCUACUCAGCCGAGUGACACUUAG